AUGGAGGCAAUCAUUGUCAAACCCUCAGGGGGGAGAUCUUUUGCCGAGGUCUUGGGUGCAAUCAAGGCCAAUGCUAAGCUAGAGCAGACCGAUACGGUUGGCACCGUCCGUUCUCUUGAGCCAAAGACAUCAGUCGAGGUUCGAGACAUUGAUUGUGUGUCGACGGAGGCUGAUGUUGUGGAAGCCCUGAAGAAAGCUAUCCCCGAGCUUGGUGGGCAAACGGCUUUUCUGAAGGUGUGGCUCACAAAACCGAAUAGGAGCCAGCAGCGGAUGGCGGUCGCCGAAAUGGCAGACGCACAUGCCAAUAAGGUGCUGGCACUCCAACAUCUGAGAGUCGGCUGGUUUGCACCUAUAAAGAAAAAUCUCUUUUGGUGGGCGCAAAACAACAUCAACACCGAAAUCAUCAUGGUGGGGCUAGCAGAAAGGCUGUACAGACCUGGUUAUUACUAUGUCCCAAAAGUGGAAGCCCCUGUCCAAAUCUUCAUGAAGGUGAAGAAGAUGGAAAAGACUACAAUUAGAGGAGUGGCUACCCAACUUGACCCAACGCUAGAUAAUGACACACUGGACAAGAUAGUUCUAGUGCACCGCUUCAUUCUGCCACCACUGAGCAAACUAUUUAUAACCUUCAAGUUUGACGGGAACAGUUCAACUUCGCCUUUGAGGGUAUUGAUUAAUUUUAACGAGCGACCUAACUGGGAGGCCUUGUCUGGAGCUAAUGUUGUUUCACCACAAAACCCAGACGUGGUUAUUCCAUAUGACAUUGUUGAAAGAGAACACUUCUACUUCAUGGGAAUCCUUCCAAAUAAAAGUGUUGGACCAAAAACAUCGGAAGAGACAGUUGAAUGUCAGUGCACUCACAUGUCGAUAUUUUCAAGUUCAAUUUUCGUUCCACCAAACGACAUCAAUCCCAUUUUAGACGCACCUCUAUUCCUCACAGUUCCAGAAAAUCCUUAUGUGGUAAUUUUUGUGAUUGUUAUCCUUCUUUUGUUUCUGCUGCUACUUUUGUGGGCUUAUCGAAAAGAUCGGAAGGACGCACUUUGUAGCGAUGUCAUCGUACUCCAUGACAAUUUCCCAGGAGAGAGCUAUGCCUACUUGAUCGCUGUAUUCACUGGGUCUCGUCUAACAGCAGGAACUUCUGCUGUCGUUGGCCUUCGUCUUUAUGGAGACACCUACGCCACUCGGCCAACAGUCCUGAAGUGUGAGACCAGGAGAGUUCUACAAAGAGACAAUGAUGACUGGUUUCUGUUGUGCUAUCCUGUUUCCUUAGGUAUGCUCAAUGCCGUGCAACUCUGGCAUGACAACUCUGGGAGGAACCCCGACUGGUACUGCUCAAAGAUUAUCGUGUACGACCUCCAGGCCACGACCCAGUACCUGUUUGUGAUGGACCAGUGGCUGGCAUUGGAGGUAGACGAGUUUCCGGAAGCGAUGGUUCGACCGGCAACCACGGACGAGGUGUUGAGCGUCAAGCGGAUUUUUCUGGACAACUCUGUUCUCGGCUUUAGGGAAAAUCAUUUGCACCUGAGCAUCCUGGCUAGACAUCCGAGGAGCCCUGUCUCUAGAAAACAACGUUUGAUGGUCCUGAUGGUUUUGAUAAUGUCAGCCAUGUUGGCUAGCAUUAUGUUCUUCAAAGUUACGGAUAAAUUUGCUGAAAACGUUGAUGAGUACCACUACAGCUUUGGUCAAAGAGAGCUCAUGAUAAGUAUUCAAUCGUUUGUGAUCUCCACAGUCUUUGCCUUUAUUGCAAUGUUUCUUUUUAGGAAAGGAUAUAAGCAAAGAGACUAUCAAAACAACAAACGUAGUACAUUGUAUAUGCCAAGGAAACGAUCGUCAAUAACGGACAAGUAUUGGUUUUCUGAUAAACCAGCGUUUGUGGACUUGUCUACUUUCAUAGCAUACGAUGAGAAGCCAACAAAAAAACGCAAAGAUAUGACUAUGUAUGAAUCAUUCAUCGCAGCCAUCAGAAACUGUACUCAUCACAAGACUCUUCGCCCUGUUCAUUUAGCUACUGAAGGCUCGGAAAUAAAAGUGAACAAAGGAUGGUUGAUAGCGGCAUGGGUAUUUUCAAUUCUAGUGAUUAUUAUAUGUGCAUAUCUUGUUAUGCUAUACAGUCUUAAGUUUGGGAAAGUAAAAAGCUUAAAAUGGUUAAGCAGCCUGGUGGCAGCACAAGCUCAAGAUAUUUUCAUCUUUUCUCCGCUGAAAAUACUGAUACUUGCCUUAUUAUUAUCAGCUGCAUUUGAGAGAACAACUGACAUUUCUGCGUUCAAACUUGAUGUCAACAAGGCAGUUAAAUGUGACCUCGUUGGAGAUAAAAAAUACUUGGAUAAUUUAAUAGAGUACCGAACAAAGAGUAUAUACUACCCCAUGACAGAUGAAGUUAAAGCUAAAAAAAGAAGAAAGACCAUGAGGAAAAUGAAGUGGAGAAUCAUUUUAGAUUUUCUCGCCGUGCUGACGUUUAUAUUGAUUCUGUGCUACAUUAUGAAAAUUCUGUGGAGCGGAGCGCACUUCCAUCCUAACUCUCAUGCUGCUGAGAUGAUGAUGACCAAAUAUAACGGCCGAUUUGUCGCACUGCAGGAUGUUUACAAUCGGACACAAUUCUUUACCUACCUACAGAACACUUUUGUGCGGUCCUUGUUUGUUUUUAGAUGGUUUAAUGAUUUAAAUUUCCAAACACUAAGUCCUUCAGACGCUCCUGAAAGAAAAGACUGGACAAAGGAUUUUGUAUCCAAAAUGGUGGGAGCUCCACGACUAAGGCAGUUACGAAUUGUUGCCAGUUCCUGCGCAGUACAUCACGUUAUGGUAGUCGCUGUGCAGGAUUGCAUCCGACCGUGGAGUGAGGGCUACAUGGACACUGACACUUACGGUGUCCAAUGGAAGAAGGCGGACUUUGACGACGAGAUUGCGUAUGCUUGGGGUUACCGGACCUACUGGAUGUAUCAGGAGCCCAAGAACACCUCUGUGUUUCCAUUAUCUGGGAAAUCGGGAGUUGUCUAUCCCUCCGGAGGGUACAUUCUACCUCUUGCCGUCAAGAGAGAUCAGAGCAAAUCAUACGCAAUCCAAGUGGAGCAGGAACAUUGGGUCGAUCAUCGUACAAGAGCCGUGUUUCUUGAGCUGACGCUGUACAAUGUAAACAACAACUUGUUCAGUCAAGUUACGGCGAUCAUAGAACACAUGACCUCUGGGCUCUUCAUGACGCUUGCGAACGUGGAUUCAGUACACACAAAAGAAGAUUUCAGUGUUUGGAACUUAAUUUACAUAGUCUUCAUUGCUGCUUUGGCCUUACGAAUCGCUUACAAAAUGAACAGAAAUGGAUUGUUCAAUUUUUUCAGGAAUUUUCUAAACAUUUAUGAAGUACUAGUUGUGGCUGUUGGAGUGCUAAGUGUAAUAUUUUAUCUGAUUCAUACGAAAGUUUCUACUAUUUAUGUAGAGGAAUUCUACAGGGAAGGGCUAGAUUUGUUCUUCAAUUUUGAAGAUAUGAUCAAGUAUUUUCGGUACACCAAGGCACUUUUGUGGAUACUCUUCUGUUUGUUGGUGUUCCGGUUGUUUGUGAGCUGGCAUUUCGGUGAGAACUACUUCUACUAUUACCACACGUUCGUGUUUUCUUUACAAUGGAUUGUCAUUUUGUUGAUUUUCUUGUUGUAUUACUUUUAUUUAGUCUGGAGAAUGAUUGGUUACUCCAUUGACGGAAAAGUUUUUUACAACAGCCGUGUGAAUAUUCUACACUACAAAAUGUACAACUGUAUAUACAAACGAGAUUUCCACGAUCGAACUAAACUGAUCGCCUUUGUACUAUGUGUAAUGGCGUUAUUUUUUAAAGUAAUUUUCUUUGUGAUGUUCACUCACUACUUCCAAAUAGGAAAACGGAAGCGAUUACUUCCAAUGGAAUAUUUAAACUUUUUCACUUUUUUUGCUGAAGAAUUUGGACGAUGUUUCGGGAAGAAAAAAGAAGAGGAAUUUGCAACUGAUAGACAAAUACAUAGGAAGAGAGAUGUUAAAAGGUCAAAGAGGUCUACCAUGUAUUAAUUUUUCCACCCCAUAGUUCUGUUGGUAUAUUUAUGCAACCUUUAUCAUUUUUGUAUUAUAAUAGCUAAAAUUUAAAAUAAAAUACUUCUAUCCAUAGUUUUUAAUGUAUAUAGAAAAUGGGUUAGCUGUAUUUAAGUUAAUCCUCAAUUCAAGUUUAAUUGAAUAAAAAGAAAA